GGGUCAUCCUAUACCAAGUAGUAAUGAAUGAAUGAAGAUUACUAAAAUAAGUGAUCAUCUGUAAUUAACCCUUCCAUAUUUUGAUCCACUUUAGGAUGCAGAGGCAGAAAAAGAAAAGCCAAGAAAGCUUUUCAGGAUGAUGAAGAUCAGGAGGACUUGAUGCCGGCAAAACGCCAUAAACCAGCACAGUUCCCUGAUGACAGUGAAGAACCCAGCACCAGCUCAGGAUGCAGAGGCAGAAAAAGAAAAGCCAAGAAAGCUUUUCAGGAUGAUGAUGAUCAGGAGGACUUGAUGCCGGCAACACGCCGCAAACCAACACAGUUCCCUGAUGACAGUGAAGAACCCAGCACCAGCUCAGGACGCAGAGGCAGAAAAAGAAAAGCCAAGAAAGCUUUUCAGGAUGAUGAUGAUCAGGAGGACUUGAUGCCGGCAACACGCCGCAAACCAACACAGUUCCCUGAUGAAAGUGAAGAACCCAGCACCAGCUCAGGGGGCAGAGGCAGAAAAAGAAAAAUGGAGGAAGCUUUUAAGGAUGAUGAAGAUCAGGAGGACUUGAUGCCGGCAACACAGCAUAAACCAACACAGUUCCCUGAUGGAAGUGAUGAACCCAGCACCAGCUCAGGAUGCAGAGGCAGAAAAAGAAAAGCCAAGAAAGCUUUUCAGAAUGAUGAAAAUCAGGAGGACUUGAUGCCGGCAAAACGCCAUAAACCAACACAGUUCCCUGAUGACAGUGAAGAACCCAGCACCAGCUCUGGACGCAGAGGCAGAAAAAGAAAAGUCGAGGAAGCUUUUCAGGAUGAUGAAAAUCAGGAGGACUUGAUGCUGCCACCUCAGUUCCCUGAUGAAAGGGAUGAACCCAGCCCCAGCUCAGUUGAAGAAGCUUCUCAGGUGGAUGAAGAUCAGGAGGACUUGAUGCCGGCAGCAAGCAGUGAACCAUCACAGUUUCCUGAUGAAAUUGAAGAACCCGGCACCAGCUCAGGAAGCAGAGAAGGAAAUGCUGAGCAACAUUUUCUGGAUGAUGACGAUGAUGAUCCAUAUUUUUGUAGAAGAGACACCGGCCCAGGAUCUCCUCUUGACAAAUAUGAGCUUGGAAGGAAGCUAGGAAAGGGAAUCUAUGGCACUGUCUACGUGGCAACACGCAAAUCUGAUGGAAAAAAGGUUGCCCUGAAAUUCGUUUAUAUGCCGAACUGUUACAUAAAUCGGAAACCUGGACGUGUCUUUUACCCGACUUCGGAGGCCAGAAUAAUGCUUGAACUGAAGAAGCCUUCCUUAUGUCCCCACAUCAUAGAGUUGUAUGACUUUUUUGAAGUGGAGGAAUAUGAUGUUUUGGUCAUGGAGUACAUGCAGCCGAGUAUGACCUUGACUGCAUUCUUCAGGAGAAACAAUGGUCCCUUGACUGAAAGUGUAGCGCGACACUUGAUCCUGCAGAUCCUAAUUGCAUUAGAACACUGCCUGGAGCAUGGCAUUGACCAUAGAGCAAUCUAUGAAGAAAACAUCCUGGUGAAUCCAAAGACCCUUCAAGUCAAGUUGAUUGGUUUUGGCUGCAGUGAUUACAUUCGGGGCCACUUAAAACCGCACGCUGGAUUUGACCAAAUCUACUGCAAAUGUAUGUGGCAUUCUCGUCUAGUAGAAGUUGGUGGCUUGAGAAAUGUACAUGUUGCUCUACAAGAAACUGUUGAGUGUGUGGCAAGACUCCUGGCAAGGAUGGUGAAUGGAUAUUGGCCCCUUCGCUCUAUGGUUGAGUAUCCAAGAUUUCACCCCAGUGUAUCCAAAGAAUGCAGAGAUCUUCUGAAAAUGUGCUUCGGUUUUAAUGUUGACGAUGGACCCACUUUGGAGGAUAUUAUUGAUCAUAAGUGGUUCAGCAAAAAGAUAGACACCUGAUGGACAGAAACCACUGGCACACUCUGGUAGGCUUAUUGACACUUCUGGUGGCACAUCUGCAGGGCUUGAUCGUGGAUAUGGUGCAGGUCCAAGUAGGUCACCAGGCAGAUGUUUAGACAGCCAAUAGGAUCAAUGCAGAGAUUCGUCUAUACCUUUAAUUAAAUGACACAACAUCUGAUGCACAGAAGCCAUUGCGCCUGUUAAUAUGCUUGGCGACUGGUGUCAGUGGAUAGCGGCAUGUGCCACUGGAGCUUGUGAUGUGCGCUGAUGCGUUGCGUCCUGUGUCACUGAGAUUGUCGCA